UCCUUCAUAAGCAAAUAAAACGCCGGAACUUUCAUUCUACAGUGCAAGUUUGCUCCGUUAAACCCUACGGAAAACACUUGCAAUCUCCUCAGAGCUUCAAUGGCCUCUCGGUGUAGAUCUCUCGCAAGGCCAUCCGUGUCCCUCCUCAAAUCCACCUUCCAAAAGUCCACUCCCAAGUCCAUGCCCUCCUCUCUCCUGUCGCCUCGCUCUUCUCCCACUUUCCGAAGGUCUGCUCCUCAGCUGGGCAGUCUCCACUCCCUGCUCCCGCUGUACUCGGCAGUGUCGUCCGCUCGGCUUACCUCGUGCCUCGGAAUUGACUCGAGAAGCUCGAGGUCAAUGUGUCAGGAAUUAGGCCUUGGCGUUCCUCGAUAAAAGUCCACUUCAGAAUGGGUCCGUUGGUUCUAAGACAAAAACUCGAAGUUCAGGCUCCAAUUCUUGAACUGAAGAAAGAAAAUUCACCUCUUCAUGGGAACUUCUCCCUUGCACUGUUAGAUUUGAUUGAUAAGAGUGGACCUGAGUCCCCCUUUUGCUGUUGCUUUCUUGAAGCACUGGAUCGGAAUCGAGAUUGAGCAAAUUUGCGGAAUUUAGUGAUUGGUUCCAGUUUAUAGAGAAUUGUUCUCUCUUUACCUUUCCAGAAUA